AUGCUUCACUCCUUUUCAUUGUUUCGACAAGUUUCUUCGUUGCACAAAGGCUCUACAAACUUUCGAUUACUGAGCAAUCUACAAAAAAAUGGCUUCAACAGUAGUGCGAUCGAUAAACUUAUACCCUUCAGACAGAAACUUUCAACUUGGCUAAAACAGGACUCAUCGAAGGCGAAACUUCUGUCAUUUCGGCUUUCAGGAUUGGGAUUAAGCUUGUUGGCUGUGCCAACUUUGAGGAGAAUAGAAUGCAAAUCCGCUAAUACGCUGAAUAGACGAGCCGAGCACAUAAAGCGAGAAAAGUUGGCCGAAGUUGAACCAGGAUUAGCACUAUCGGAUCUAUGGGCCCUUAUGAAGCCAUACCUUGGAUGGUUUUUACUUGCGGUCGUGAGUGCUGUGGCGACGGCAAUGCUUAAUGUGGAAAUUCCACUUCGUUUGGGAGAACUUAUCAAUUCAAUAGCUGGGAUUAUCCGUGAACAAGGUGCGGGUCAUGCCAUCGAUAUUGGCGUCAUUCAACCAGCUGCAACAAGACUUGUAUCCCUUUACGUGAUUCAGGCUGCUCUUACAUUUUGUUACAUUACAUUUCUGUCUAUAAUGGGUGAACGCAUGGCUGCCGAUUUACGUGUAAAACUUUUUGACAGACUUCUACAUCUUGAUAUGGCAUUUUAUGAUGCUCAAAAAACGGGUGAAUUGUCUUCGCGAUUGAGUCUCGAUGUGCACGAAUUUAAGAGCAGCUUUAAACUCACCGUUUCACAAGGCUUGAAAACCUUGGUUCAGGUUGCCGGAUGUUUUGUUUCACUUAUUCGUCUAUCACCAAAGAUGACCGGACUAACGAUGGCGGCUGUUCCUAUUGUGAUUUUGGUUGGAUCAAUUUGCGGAGCAUUAUUGCGAAGUUUGAGCAGAAGGGCACAAGCUCAACAAGCCAUUGCCUCUUCCGUUGCUGAUGAGGCCUUUGGAAAUAUCCGAACUGUGCGAUCUUUUGCUAUGGAACAACAAGAAUCUACUCUUUUCAAACAAGAAGUCAUAAGAGGCGCUGCAAUGCAAGAGCAGCUUGGCAUGGGUAUUGGAGUCUUUCAAGCUGGAACAAAUCUGUUUCUAAAUGGUGUCGUUCUCGGAGUGUUGUAUGGAGGUUCGCAGUUGCUAUCAACGGGUGAUAUGAGUCCAGGUGGCUUGAUGUCCUUUUUGGUUACUGCACAAACAAUUCAAAAAUCUUUAUCACAAUUGAGUAUUGUAAUGGGAACAUCACUCAAAGGCUGGACUGCAGCAGCUCGUGUUUUUCAGUUUGCAAAUCUUGUACCAGGCAUCCAAAACUCGGAGGGAAUUUGUAUCCCUCAUCAUUCUUUUGUUCCCGACAUUCAUUUUGAGAAUGUGAAUUUUGUCUACCCAACGAGGCCAGGACAUGUAGUUUUUCACGAACUCAACUUGACGAUUCCAGCUGGAAAAGUCGUUGCUUUAUGUGGACCAAGCGGAGAAGGAAAAUCGACAAUAACUUCAUUGCUUGAACGCUUCUAUGAGCCGCAUUCGGGACGGGUAACCCUUGGUGGAAAAGAUCUUCGAGAGCUCAACACCGAAUGGUUGCGAUCAAAGGUUAUUGGCUUGAUUUCACAAGAACCUGUCCUGUUCCAUACUUCUAUUUUGGAAAAUAUUCGCUACGGUCGUCCAGAAGCUACUGAUGAAGAGGUUCGUGAAGCAGCACGCCUAGCAAACGCUGAUGAGUUUGUUUCGAACUUCCCACACGGAUACCAAACGAUUGUAGGAGAAAGGGGAACACAACUUUCAGGUGGUCAAAAGCAACGAGUAGCUAUUGCAAGGGCGCUUUUGAAGAGCCCUCCAGUGCUGAUAUUGGAUGAAGCAACAUCGGCAUUAGAUGUCGAAUCCGAGAGAUUAGUUCGUGAUGCUUUGGAUCGUGCUAUCAGCGGGAGAACAGUUCUCGUCAUUGCACACAGACUUUCAACAAUUCAAAACGCGGACAUUAUUUGUGUAAUUAAGAACGGUGGAGUGGCUGAGCAAGGAAAUCACCGAGAAUUGAUGCGACGAAAAGGACUCUACUAUGCACUUGUACAGGCACAGUCAACAAACGAC